AUGAGCUCCUCGGUACAUAUCGACAACUUGCAAGCGGCGGCUAAGAGGUUUGGCGCUGAGCCACUCCUAGCUCUACCAAAUGGUACGACUCUCGAUUUAUCGAACGGUUACAUUCCACUACUUGCGCGAUACACUUUCGAAGACAAAACCGCCCAAGGCCUGCGAAAGGGCAAUGCCGGGGAGAAACCGGAAAAUCCGAUUCAUUUCUCCGUUCUGGAGCUAGUCCGCGACAACUCCAUCUUGCUCUUGACGGGACCCAGUGGAAGCGGGAAAACUACAUUUGCCAAGCAUCUCUGCUACGGCCUAGCUUCUUCUGGGUUCAAUAAAGCGCGACCACUGUCUCGAAACGACCUUGGUGAUAUCAAGGAAGAGUACUGGGGCACUGCCAGACUGUCUCCUUGCUAUUUUCCACUGACUGGCAUCGAGGCUCUGGAACGAUUGGCCGAAGUCACGAUUCCGAAACUUCUCAGCGCAUCUGACCCUCGACACGAGCAUCUUCUUAUCAUCCUCGAUGAUCUCCAGAACGCAGGGGCUGAGUCGAUCACUUUGCUGGCAAGGAUAUUCCCCCUCCUGCGGGAGCGAGCCUUCACCAAGCUGCUUUUGCUUGGCGAUGCAGACGUGCUUGACCACUGGAGUUUCCCAGCCGAAGUCGUCCGUCACGAUCUGCUUCCCUUGCUAGAGUGUCAAAGACGGGAGACAGCGCGUUUGCACCUGAAACUGGAAUCGUCGGCUCUCAUAACUACUGGCAUGGGUGAAGCUGCGUCGAACCCAGCAUUAUUCGCUCUUGCGAUCCAAGCCAACCACUCUGGGAACUGUGCCGAGGAGUUGCUAGAUGCGUGGCUUUCGUCCACCUACUCGCAGCCAGAUACUGCAGCAAUCCUAGCAGAAAGGGCACAUAAGCUGAUAACACACGGAUCACUGACUGACAGCCCAACCGAAAGAUCAUUGACCACGCGUCAGCCUAACCCUGCCUCACAAAGCCUGGCUGUGCGACGGCUGCUAGCUGCACGGCACCUAGCUGGUCUGGCACCGCGAAUUGCUGUCGAACUCUUCCGUGAUCAACCUCAAGCUUCAAACCAUAUCGUCGAGAACGGAGAUUUGUCGGCUGGCGAGCGCGAGAAAGCCGGUCGCCUCCUGUCACGAUAUGGCGACCCACGAGAUCUUACUGGUCUCGUACAAGUUCCCGCCGAAAGCUUCAUGAUGGGCUCCGAAAGCCAUCCCAAUUCGCAGCCUUUGUAUGAAAUCCCACUUAAGAGGUUUCGAAUCGGACUCUAUCCUGUCGUCAACAGAGACUAUGGUGCCUUCAUGAGGGAUACUGGUCGCGACUGGACUAGUCUUGAAGGCGAGGACCCGGAGAGAUCAAAUGCACCAGCGACCGAUCUUACAUGGCACGACGCGAGGGCUUACUGUCGAUGGCUUACAGAAAGGUGGAGAGAAGAGGAAAGGAUCGGCUCGAGUGAGUACGUGAGACUUCCGUCAGAGCCAGAGUGGGAGCGCGCGGCCAGGGGUGACCAGGAUGAGACGGGCACUGAAGGGCUAGUUUUCCCUUGGGGUACAAAUUGGCAGGAAGAUGCUGCCAAUGGCGACGAGACUGGCUUCAAUACGACCUGUGCUGUUGGUCUCUUCCCAAAGGGGCGCUCGCCGUACGGCUGCUACGAUAUGGCGGGGCAUGUAUGGGAGUGGUGCUCGACUCUCUGGAGCGAGGACAUGGCAACGCCAGCUUUCCAGUAUCCUUGGCAGGAUGAUGAGCGAGAGUUUCUAGAUGCCCCAGAUCAUAUCCGAAGAGUAUUGAGAGGCGGGUGCUUCUCAAGCCCAAAGUUGAAGGCAAAUUGUACGUAUCGGGGGUAG